GUUGUUAUAAAAUGGCAAAGCUAAAUGUUAAUACUGACUUUAUACAUCAUGACUCUGAAUUGUUUAGGAUUUAGGAAGCAAAUUGAGAAAUUACCAGAGUGCCAUGCAGAAGAAUGCACCAAUGUAGCUACUUACUUACACAAAGGUUUUAAUGUCAACAUCUGUGAUGAGCAUUAUCAACUAAAUCACAAAGAGAGUUGAGUUAAACUUGAAAAUAUUGAUGAGCGAGAUGGAAUCAAAGAAGCCCUUGAAGUUAUCCAAGCAUGUACUAAGAACCUUCAAGUGGUCUUGGACUCUGAUAAUGACAAAGAAGACCAAGAAGAAAUUAAGCAUUUACUUGCUGAGGUUCUGACUCAAACUCAGGAGAUGUUCAUAGAGAUAGAAAAAGGUGAAGAAGGUGAAGGAUUUCAAGAUAAUCAUGAGAUUAAAAAUAAAGUGAGAGAUAUCUUCUUGCAAUUGAAAAGUGAGGAAGGCUUUAAACAGUUCUGAGUCGUCAAUUACACUCACCUCGUGUGAGACUAUCUCAGUUUGAAUAAAGUCAAAAUAAAUGAGAUCCUUAAAAUUGAAGGCUUUGAUAAAAUCAGUAAUCUAGAAAGAAACAUGGUGCAUGAAAAUACCAAUCUUUUGGCCUACAAAGAGUUACAAAAUAAAUUUUGAGACUUUAAGAAGAAAGCAAUAGCGUUGAUAAAUCCAUCGACUCUUGAACAGCUGGAAAAAUGCUACGAAAUGAUAACUGGAGUUAGCGAACCUAUAAAGGCAUCAAGUGGGCUUGUGCUUAAAUUUGAUAAUAUUAAAGACCUUGAUUUCAUAAAUUCAAUGGAAAAUAUGCCUAUUUGAGACUUGGACAGUUUAAAAAUUAGGCACAUUAGAGAUAAUUUGCAAGUGGCAAAGGAUUUUAUAUAUCUAUCGUUUCCUAGAAAUGUUAGAGAAUUUCAUUUCAAUAGCGAGGGAAAGAUUUAUGAUUUUGAGAAUAUUAUCGAUACUGUUUCAUUUGUUAGCCCUCUAGUAUCAACAGGAUUGUUUUUGUAUAAUUUUAAAUUGAAUCAGGCUCAGAUGAAAAAGCUGUUCCGAAUAGUAAGUAAAAGACUCAUAUACGUUGGAGUUCCUCAAUGAAUCCUUGAACUUGACUCUAUUCCUGAUUUCUCAAAUUCAUUGGACGGGUCGAUUAUCGAAUGGCUAGGUAUAUCAUAUUGAGGUAGCCCUGAAUGUUGUGAUUGGAAGAAGUAUCCAGAAAGAUUUUCAAAUUUGAUAAGAGGACUAGUAAUUAGCAAAGAUUUCAAAACCAAUUUAAAGGAAAUUACAAUAAAUGAGAGUGGAUUAAGUUUAGAAAUUGUACAACAAACACUUAAAGAAAAUGGACUUGGUCAUGUUAAGAUAUAUCGGCACUCAAUGUAA